AUGGCUAAACAUGAGAAUCUUGUUGCAGCAUAUUUCGUGGUCAUUGGUGCCGGUGUCGUAGGCCUCGCCCAAGCCCUUGAACUGCGCGCGAGAUAUCCCAAUGCCAAAAUUGUGGUGGCUGGAAAAUUUCUGCCUGGAGACUCAGCGCCCGAGUACACUUCUGCUUGGGGAGGCGCAAACUGGUUCCCUGCUGCGAGAGACAAUGGACCACAUGAAGAUAUGGAGGCUAUCACAUACCGAAAGUUUGGAGAACUCAGUGCUACGCGACCCGAGUGCGGCAUCAAACCCAUGAACAUCCGAUGGCAUUACGAGCAGGCAAUUGAUGAAGUUGGAAUCAAGACACCGGCUACGGGAAAGUUGUGGUUCGAGGAGCUUGUAGGCGGAUUGACCGAAAUCCCGAAAGAAGAGCUGCCUGACGGCUGUGCCUUUGGCUACGAGAUGGCCAGCUUUGUUAUCGAUGUCCAAAAGUAUUUGCCAUGGCUGCAGACUGAGUGUACGAGAUUGGGCAUCGAGGUUCAUCGAAGGGUUUUUGACCACAUUCGUGAUGCAUUCCGAGCGUAUCCAAAUACCACAGCGAUUUUCAAUUGUACAGGCCUCGGAGCUCUGACGCUAGGUGGAGUGGAAGACAAGAAGAUAUUUUCUGCUAGGGGUCAAAUCGUACUAGUAGAAGGUCCUGAGAAGCCAGUUCGCAAAAUGUACUUCCGCGCACCUCAUCGCGACGGUGAAGCCACACAUAUCUUUCCGAGAGGAGAGCGCGGAGGCAUAAUACUUGGAGGUUGCCGACAGAAAGGUCGAUGGGAUGGCGAGCCUGAGAUGGAUUUCGCGGAACUUAUCAAACAGCGUUGCUGUGCCCUGGUCCCCGAGCUGGGCCGCCCUGAAGAUUUGAAGGUGAUCAAGCAUGGAGUAGGGCUAAGACCUGGGAGAGAAGGUGGGUCUCGAGUUGAGGCUGAGGCAAUUGAGGGCAAUCUAGUGAUUCACAACUAUGGCGCAGGAGGAACUGGAUUCCAAGCAGGAUGGGGGCUAGCACAGUAUGCGGCGAAUCUGGUCCCCAACCGCCUGGCGCGCUUAUAAAGCAUGUAGCAGAAGCUUUAGCCAAUCUUAGGUCAAUUCUUAUCGCAAUGG